AUGAACGAGCCCGAACAGUGCAUUAUAUGCUUGGAUCCGUUGCCGCACCCCUCGUCCUCGACUCUGCAACCGCCCGUGAACGGUCUUGGUCUUGCUGGCGCCGCCACCACACAGCCGACACAGGCAAAGGACACCACCACCACCACCACCACGGCCGUAGCUGAGGCCGUGGACGAGGAUGCCAGCCAUCUCGAUAUAGUUGCCGCCUUGGACGGCUGCGAGCAUGUCAUCCACGAUGCCUGCAUCAGGUCGUGGGCUCAGAAAACCAACACCUGUCCCAUUUGCAGAACGCCAUUCCACAGUGUUCGCGUCUACAACGGCGUAGAUGGAACUGCAUUAUCCACAUAUGGUGUCCAGGACAAGAAGCAAGUCGCCGAGUUCGACGUCCAGGCUUGGUUUGGCGACAACGCCGCGGAGGAGGAAGAGGAAGCCAACCCUUGUCCCAUAUGCAACUCGGCCGAGCGGGAAGAUAUCCUGCUCUUGUGCGAUAGCUGCGAUGCUGCCUAUCAUACUCAUUGCAUCGGUCUCGAUCGUAUCCCUGACGGCGACUGGUACUGCAUGGAAUGUGCUCACCUGUUCCGCCUCGCUGAGCACCCCUCCGACCGCGCCGACGCCGAACCCCAACCCGUCUCGCCGCGGCCGCAGCAUGUGCAGCGUCCCAACCCUCGAGAGGUGCGAGGCUUCCACGUGCGGACGCGGCAGCGCCUGCGGAGAGCCCGUAGGCAGGCCCGUAACGCAGAGUGGCAGGGCGCCUGGGGCCAGUUCUCUGGCCGCUUCUACGAAAUGAGCGACCUCGACCUCGACAACCACGAUGACGAAGAUGACGACCUGGAGCAGUUUCGCCGUUUCCAGCAGCUUGACCGUCGAGAGCUGCAGCGAUGGCAGCAGCGCAUGGAUAUUGCCAAUCGUCUCGGCGCUCGCGAGACUUUUGCCAGCACCAUCCCCCCUCGAAUCAGCGAGCGUCUGCAACCGGCCCCGCCGCCGCCUGUACAAGAGACUCGCGACGAGCGCCGCGCUUGGGGUGCUUUUGACCGUGUCCGAGACGCAGAAUCAAGCACCAACGGAAAUGGAAAUCCAAAUCGAAAGCGCAAGAGUCGGUCCGUCAGCGCGUCUCCGGCGGAACCGGUUCAAGAAGAGCCCGAGAGAAAACUGAAACGCCCACGGACCAGGCGGCUGCCCACACAGGCCGAGGCCUCUGCGUCUGCCGCGUCGCCCGCCACGUCCGGCCCGUCCAACGCCAGACCAGCAGCAGCAAACGGGACCUCGCAAGGAAACGGCCUCCUCCGCAGGGAGAGCACCACGCCUUUGGUAUCGUCGUUGCUCAAGGAGCUGGAGCCGAAUCCUCUUUCCGAGGACGAGACACCCAUCCUCACGCCAAACUGGCGAGCGCCUCCAGAAGCUUCAUCGCCAGCCAUCUCACCCUCGCCCUCAAAUCACAGCAGCCCUCGGGCGCUUUCCCUGACUCCACCGCCCCUCCCUAGCCUCGGGGGCCGGCCGACAUCCCCGACGCUAUCACUCAGUACUCAUAUAGAACCUCGAUACGCUCCUGCCAACUACUCCCCGACUCGGUCCAGUAGCGACCAUGCAGAACCCGAGCCGCGCCCAGCCAAAGUUGACUCGCGCCCACUCGAGCUGCGCCAGCCGCGGCCAAGACGAGCUCAUCAGGUCUCGACCGCCACCCGUUCAGAAGAAACCUCGCCGACAAGGUGGACAAUGACCCAGGAAGAAAAGAAGAGCAUCAACGACAUUGUCAAAACCGCCCUGCGACCUCACUGGCGGGCCCAGAGACUGACGACAGAACAGUACGCCACCAUCAAUCGCGACAUCUCGAGAAAACUUUACGACGAAGUAAAAAAUGUGUCGUCGCUCAACGAAGAGUCCCGACGAACGUGGGAGAUUAGAGCCACCCAAGAAGUGGCACAAGCAGUUGCCGAGCUUUCAGCUUGA